CCCGGGAUCGCUCGGCUGGCCUCCUGGCCGCCCCCUUCCGCCGCCGGCCGGAAGUGCCUGCAACCCGCGGUAGAGGGGCUUCCGGUGGGACCGCGAGGUAGCUGAGGCUCACUAUGGCGGCCUCCUUGGCCGGGAAGGAGCUCGUGUUUGUCACGGGGAACGCCAAGAAGCUGGAGGAGGUCAUUCAGAUUCUAGGAGACAAGUUUCCAUGUACUUUGGUGGCAAAGAAAAUUGACCUGCCGGAGUACCAGGGAGAGCCUGAUGAGAUUUCCAUACAGAAGUGUCAGGAGGCAGCUCGCCAGGUGCAGGGGCCUGUACUGGUGGAGGAUACCUGUCUGUGCUUCAAUGCCCUUGGGGGCCUCCCUGGCCCCUACAUAAAGUGGUUUCUGGAGAAAUUAAAGCCUGAAGGUCUCCACCAGCUCCUGGCGGGGUUCGAGGACAAGUCGGCCUAUGCACUCUGUACAUUCGCAUUCAGCACUGGCAACGCAAGUGAGCCGGUGCGCCUCUUCAGGGGCCGGACCUCGGGCCAGAUUGUGGUACCUCGAGGCUGCCGGGACUUUGGCUGGGACCCCUGCUUUCAACCUGAUGGAUACGAGCAAACGUACGCAGAGAUGCCCAAAGCUGAGAAGAAUGCCAUCUCCCAUCGCUUCCGGGCCCUGCGCGAGCUGCAGGAAUACUUUGGCGGCCUGACUUCUAAGAAUGAUGAUGAGCAUGCUCACCGGGAAUCUGGGGAGGGCUAGCCUGAAACCUCCAUCAGGCAGACACCCCCCAAAUAUGUCCUUCAGGGUUACCACUUCCUGGGGGUGUUGAGAUUUGACAGCCCCACCAGACCAGCCUCGCCAGUCUGGAGGAGCAGAUGGCUCUGUUUGGAGGAGCUUUGGGCAAGGGACACCAUUGGUCUCCUACAGCCUCCAGGACCCGAAAGGACCUCAGGUAUUAAAUGGGCCUCGACCGAAUUGAGGGUUUGGGGAAGAAAUUCUUAGUGUGUUUUAAAUGCGGCAAGUAAAAAUUCUGGAAGGCACUCCAAAAUAAACUGGAUGUAUCUGUUUUGAAAUCUGCCCCAGGCAGGUGUCUGUCUCCCGAAUCCCUUUUGGCAGGAGCAGGAAACCUCUUAAGUGGAGGGGGAAGGGGUGUUGGUGGGACGAGGGCAGCACUGUGUCCAGGGUGCACAUGCCCUUGCUAGCUGGAGUGUUAAAUCUUUCCUUUCGUUCUUAAGUCUCAGAUCAGGGGCUGACCUUUUCCAUGCCAGAUCCAUGCUGUUCACCCACCCAUCGAGUGAGCCAAUGCCCAGCUCAUCUCCAUGGUGUUUGCUGGGUUGGAGUGGGCCGUGUGGGAAGUCUAGUGCUUUUGCUUUGUGGGGUUACACAUCAGAACAGCUCAGAUUAUGAUUAU